GCGAUGUGUUUAAUAACAAGGAAGUGGAAUUCAGUGCUCAACCGGAGCCAUACAACCUGGUGGUCGGUGAACAGGCCAUCGGCCAAAUGGGUUCCCGUUUACAUAUGCAAAUGUGACUAAACAUGCUUAUAACGCUGUGUUACGUCUACCUCUGGGUGCGUUUUCAGAAGUUUUACACGCCGGUCAUUUGCAGGACUGUACAUAGAUUGUGCGGGAGCACCAACCUUAGCAGUUUCACUUUUUGUGCUGUAAAGCCAGACCAGUGUCAGACGGGGGAGCAAACUUCUAAGCAACACAAGUCAACCUUACCAGAAGACACCCAGGUUUUCCUUAAGCUGGGAAACAAGGCUAUAUAUAUCACCGAACCACAGGCUUGUGAUGACCUCACCAAGUGGACUCUCUUAAUAGGAUCUUCCCUGUUCUGUCGUCCAAGGAUAGAGAACAUUGCUUUCAUCAUAGAGGCUGCAUCAGGACCUGCUGGGGGCCAAUCUCUUAACUCAAAUAAAAAAGUGCUGCAGUGGUCUGAUUACUGUCACCCCUUGGCCCGCAGCCCUGGACUCCCCUUCAGGGCCGUAGCUGAGACGAGUGUGGAGAACUUUAGCCGCCUGGGGGUGGCGUUCAUGGAAGAUCGGCUUCAGAUGGAAAAUGGUCUCGUUCCAGAAAAAAUAGUCUCUGUUCUGCUUCAAGAAUCUGCCCUCAGGGAACUUAUCGAGAAGAGACAAUCAGCGAGCAGCAAACAGACUGAACAGCGCGUCCAGCCUCUCCCUCUAAAUACUCCCGCUGCAAUCGUACUCUCAGAACCUUCACCGAGAGAGCAGGAAGUGGACGGUGUCCCACAGGGCUCAGAGCUGACCGAGCACAGAAAGGGGAGCCUGAACCUCUCGGUUGCUUCGGAGCCCACGGCUCAGAGGACCAGUGAAGGAGAGUGCAGGGAUUCGCACGGUAAGGAGCCCAAGGCAGCAGGACACCGUCACAUGGAAGGCCACCACCUCCACCUGUCCAGCUGCCACGAGUGCCUGGAGCUGGAGCACAGCACCAUCUUGUCUGUGAAGUAUGCCUCGAUAGAGAACAUUCCAGACCUGCCCCACGACUAUGACUGUGUGGAGGACAGCGACGAAGGCACAGAGGAAGUGGAGUGCUUUGCAGGUCAGAGCAAGAGGGUCAACGUCAGUGGGAAGCCCCCCAAUGUUCUUGUGUACACAGGGAGCUGCAUGGAGAGAUUCGAUGCGAUCCGCUGCCUUCUUGCUGAAUGCAUAGACACUGACAGCUACGCCCUGUACCCACUACGGCCCCAGCAGGCCCUCAGCGAGCCUUGGCUGGAGAGCACGCUGCUGUUGGUGCUAGCAGCAGAUGAGGCCCUGACCCCACAACUACAAGAGCGCUUCCUGGCAUACCUGGACAAGGGAGGGAAGGUUUUGGGUCUCUCCUCCACCUUUUCCCCGGCAGGCCUUAAUCUGGUGGUGAAGGAAGCCCAGAGAAAUCAGAUCUGUAGGCUGAGCUUCACCAAGGCCGACAGCACGGAGCUAGAGCUGAGUGCGUUGGCCAGCGGGAGGGUGUACGUGCGGGAGCCAGCCGACUGCGUGACGGGCGAGGUAGAGCUCUGGGGAGAACUGCACGGAGAUGCCAAGGACAUGGUGAUCGUCAGGGUGACUCACGGAGCAUGUGGUGGGGAAGCUGUGUUGUGUCAGGUGCGUUUGGAGACUGCACCAGAUUCACAGCAUGUGCAGAGCUCCGAUGGCUUUGAAGUGCUGAAGAUGAGUAAUGCCCUUCGCUACGAGGUGCUAACAGAGAUCCUCACGUCCCUGGGUCUGAGCUGUGAGCUGAGCCAGAUGCCCCCCCCGAGCCCCGUGCAUGUCCUCUCCACCUGCCCGGAGUUGAAAGGCCGCUUCUUAAAGUGGCUGGAGAGCCAGAUGGACAAGGAGGGCAUGUUCAGGUCUCCAAAGACCUGUCUGAAGCUCUCGUCAAGUGCAGAACUCCAGACAGACCUGCCUGAGGGGGUGCUCGCCCUGCUCCCUGACCCCCCCACAGAGCUCUCGUCAGAGCAGUUCAACCUGCAGGCCUACAGCCACCACCUGCACACUCACACCCUGGGUCGCACCCUGCUCUUCGCCGAGGUCACCCCUACCACCAUGGACCUGUUGGAAGGGUUGAUGCUUCAGCUACCAGAGGAAAUGGGGUUAAUCGCCGUAGCUCUUCGUCAGACAAAGGGCAGAGGCCGUGGAGGUAACGCCUGGCUGAGCCCCCUGGGAUGUGCCAUGUUCACCCUGCACGUGCAGGUCCCCAUCAGCUCGUCUCUGGGCCAGAGCAUCCCCUUCCUGCAGCACCUGGCAGCCCUGGCUGUGGUGGAGGCCGUGUGCACUCUGCCAGGAUAUGAGAAACUCGACUUACGGCUGAAGUGGCCUAAUGAUAUUUACUACAGUAACCUAAUGAAACUGGGUGGCGUUCUGGUGAACUCAACAGUUAUGGGACCAACCUUCCAUCUUCUCAUAGGUUGUGGCUUCAAUGUCAGUAACAGCAACCCAACCAUCUGUAUCAAUGACCUGGUGGUGCAGCAUAACCGGGAGCAUGGCUCGAACCUGGAGCCCCUGAACCCCACACACCUCAUCGCCCGCACAGUCACCCACCUGGAGAAGCUCAUCGCCGACUUCCAAGAGAAGGGUCCGGCGGCCGUGCUGCCCCUCUACUACAGAAGAUGGGUCCACAGUGGAACUCGGGUGAAGCUGUGGAGCGAGGACGGCCCAGAGGCGGAGGUGGUAGGGCUGGACGACCACGGCUUUCUCCAGGUGAAGUCGGAGAAGGAGGUGGUGUCCGUCCAGCCUGACGGGAACUCCUUCGACAUGUUGAGGAACCUGAUCAUGACCAAGCACAGCUAGGCUCCCUCCAUAGCACAGCAGCAUUCUCUCUUUAGAAGUACAGCCUGUUUAUCUGCACAAGUACUGAACACGUUAUCUAUCUUGAAUUAUUGAUUGAAAAAGUAAUACCAAACAUAAACUAGGAUAAGAGUAUAAGCAUUAUGCAUUAUGCCCAUGUCAUAUGAAUUCACUAUGCAAUAUCAUAUAUAUAUAUAUAUAUAUAUAUAUAUAUAUGAUGUGCUAUUCUGACUUACCAACAUGGCAGCUAUAAUCACAGAUCUUGUUAGUACUUAACACUCUCCAGCCCAUUAAGGUCUGGUCAGUACAUUUUGUAUUGGUUGAAUUGAUGCCAUGCAGGUGAAUAGGAAUCGUCUUUUCGACGCUAUUAAAGUGAAAGAAAGAAAUACGUUGUGCCUUUUCAUUUUCACAUGAUGUUCACAUUAUCUGUGCUAUAAAUGACGGAUGAGAGGUACUGUCCCUGGGGGUUUGACACCGAGGUGGUUCGAGUGUGGGGAGAUAUUCCCUUUCUUCUCUGGGAUGGGACUCGGGACACAGCAGCAGUAUUUAUCAUAACUGACUCCGUUGGCUUCCCUCAAAAUGCGAAUGCCCCUACUCUCUCUCACCACUUGAACUGACAUAUGGCUUAGAAAUUAGAAAUGAGAGAUGUUGAUAUUCUAGCCCUCAACUCCGUCUCGUCCCACAUCCCUCUAAGCGGUGCCACUCGCUCACGCUCUGCUUUAAUGUUGUGCCACUGCCCUGGAGGUGUGGAAGAAAAAGGAAUUUGAAACUGAAACUGGUGAAAUAUUCUGCUAGGUAUGAGGUGUUGUGCUAAUCUUAGUCCUAAUGCUUGACACAGACAGAGGAAAUCAGAAACACCCAACAUGGUUCCAACAUUUUAAAGACUGACAACGUUGUUGAAUUACAUUACAUGAGUGACAUGGUUGAAAUGUACAGCAGUGUUGAUUUCAUGAACAUUUGUGAAGAGAAGAAACAUGUGGCGAGCAGGCGAGCAGGCGCACACACACUUCAUGUUCGGGGACCGAGAUGGAGUCCCCCUCUCCCCCUAACGAGCAGGCGCACACACACUUCAUGUUCAGGGAAGCGAGAUGGAGACUCCCUCUCCCACUGUUGCCUCAGAUAGUGUCUUCUGUGACUUUCAUUUUCAUUUUGGCACAGACAAUGCAUACACUUUGUGACAAUAAAAAGGUAAACCAGUUUUGUAUUUUUCAAUUCAAAUUUUAGAAGAAUUUUAGAUGGCACAUCUAGCAUUUAAUUAAAUUAAAUAAAAUGAAGAAUGACCCAUUUCUAUGACAUUCCUGCUGUACUUAGUGCAUAUGUGAACUGUUCUGGCACUGAUGCCUGUUUGGGAUGUGCUAAGGAUUCAAAUGUCUCUUCAGUGCUCUAGUGGCAAAGUGAAAAUGACAACUUGGUGUUAAGAACAUGUAAAUGACUCAUAGUUUGCUGUAUUGAUGUGUGUAUGUACUUAAGAGUUUUUCAUUGCUUGUUGCAAACUUAUAGGGGUGUUAAAAUUGGAGAAAACGUUUGGUUUGAUUAGGUUAGUGGGUUUUAGAAUAUCCUUGAUUUAAAUCAGUAAUAGUCUUUUAUUUUCUAUAUGUCAUAAUUCAAUAAAACAUACAAACAA